AUGGUCCGUUACGCUGCGACCGAGAUUCUGCCCGCCAAGUCGGCCCGCGCCCGCGGCGCCUACCUCCGUGUCUCUUUCAAGAACACCCGCGAGACUGCCCAGGCCAUCAACGGCUGGAAGCUCGACCGUGCUCUCCAGUUCCUCGAGAACGUCAAGAGCCACGACGAGGCUGUUCCCAUGCGCCGCUACGCCGGCGGUACCGGCCGCACGGCCCAAGGCAAGGCUUUCGGUGUCACCCGCGCUCGCUGGCCCGUCAAGUCGGCUGAGCACCUCCUCACCCUCCUCAAGAACGCCGAGGCCAACGCCGACGCCAAGGGCCUCGACACCGGUGCCCUCGUCGUCAAGCACAUCCAGGUCAACCAGGCUCCCAAGCAGCGCAGACGCACGUACCGUGCUCACGGUCGUAUCAACCCCUACAUGUCGAACCCUUGCCACAUCGAGCUCAUUCUCACCGAGGCCGAGGAGGUUGUCCAGAAGUCCGACCAGGUUUCCGGCCGCGAUCACCUGAACGCCAGACAGCGUGGUGCCCGCCUCCGCAAGGCUCUCACCGCCGCCUAA